CUAACUGAUCCCCAAGUGGCCACGUCUCUCCUUUGGCUGUCAAUUGUAAGAAAUAGAAAAAAAAAAAAAAACGUGUCAAAUACAUUAAAUAAGGAUACAAAAUUUGUUAAUGCAGUUGAUAAAAGAGAGAGAGAAAUAAAAAAUUGACGUGUUUCCAGCUAAAAGCCGACAACAAGUUUGUUCCUCUCUUCAACAUAUCCAUAUAAUAAAACACCGGCAACGGCAUCAUCAUCAUCAUUCGGUUCUGAAUUGUGAUACGUUUAACAUGUUAGCAAAGUAUUUAUUCAUAUUUUCUCUGGCUCUUGGAGCUUGGGCUGCUGAAGAAGAUGUACUUGAACUUACGGAUUCUGAUUUUACAGCAACACUUGAUACAUAUGACAAUACACUCGUUAUGUUUUAUGCACCAUGGUGUGGUCACUGCAAACAUUUGAAGCCAGAAUUUGCUAAAGCUGCUGGUGAAUUGAAAAGAAAUGAUCCACCAAUAACACUUGCCAAAGUUGAUUGUACUGAAGGUGGUAAAGACACCUGCGGUAAAUACUCUGUCUCUGGUUAUCCAACAUUGAAAAUUUUCUCAAAGAGUGAAAUGGUCAGUGAUUACAAUGGACCAAGAGAAGCUGAUGGUAUUGUUAAAUACAUGAAGAGUCAAGUUGGACCAGCAUCAAAAGAACUUAAAGGUGAAGAAUGCCAUAAAAAUUUCCUUGAAACAAAUGAAGUUAGUUAUAUUCUUUAUACUGAAAAAGAAGAUUCACCAUUGGCCAAGGCUUUCCAUUCAGUUGCUAAAAAAUUACGUGAAAAAGCACGUUUUGCUCAUACAAUUGCAAAAUCACUUGUUGAAAAAGAUGGUUUUAAAAAUAAAAUUGUUUUAUAUAGACCAAAAAUAUUACAAAAUAAAUUUGAAGAAUCAAUUUUACACUAUGAUGGUGAAUCAAAUAUUGCUGAUAUAUCUGAUUUUGUAACUAAAAAUUACUUUGGUCUUGCUGGUAUACGUACACGUGAUAAUGCACAAUCAUUUGUAAAUCCACUUGUUGUUGCAUACUACAGUGUUGAUUAUGUUAAAAAUCCAAAAGGUACAAACUACUGGCGUAAUCGUAUUUUAAAAGCAAGUAAAAAUUAUAAAUCAUUCAACUAUGCAAUCUCAAAUAAGGAUGAUUUCCAACAUGAAUUAAAUGACUUUGGUGUUACAUUUGCUAAAGAUGAUAAACCAGUUAUUCUUGCUAGAGAUGAAAAAAAUCAAAAAUACGUUAUGAAAGAUGAAUUUAAUGUUGAAAACUUUGAAAAAUUCUUGAAAGAUUUUGAUAGUAAUGUAUUAGAACCAUUUAUUAAAUCUGAGCCAAUACCAGAAGACAAUUCAGCACCAGUUAAAGUUGUUGUUGGUAAAAAUUAUGAUGACAUUAUUACAAAUUCAGAUAAAGAUGUACUUAUUGAAUUUUAUGCACCAUGGUGUGGUCAUUGUAAAAAAUUAGCACCAAUAUUUGAUGAAUUGGGUGAAAAAUUAGUUGAUGAAAAUGUUGUUAUUGCUAAAUUUGAUGCAACAGCAAAUGAUGUACCAGCACAAUUUGAAGUACGUGGUUUUCCAACAUUAUACUGGAUUCCAAAAGAUGCCAAAUCAUCACCAGUCAAAUAUGAAGGUGGACGUGAACUUGAUGAUUUUGUUAAAUACAUUGCCAAACAUUCUUCUGAUGGUCUUAAAAACUUUGAUCGUAAGGGUAACGCCAAGGUUGCCAAAGAAGAACUUUAAAUAAUUUCUUUAUAAAACAUGUUCUUUUUUUUUUUUUUUUUGCAAUAUUUUUAAUGUCUAAGCGGAGGUUUUUUUUUAAUUAAAUUUUUUUUUUGUCAAAGCUAAAUCAACUGUUUUUUUUUUGGUUUAUUAACUACGUCAUUUUAUGAUGACAUUAUCAAUUUUAAUCUCAAUCAAAAACUUCCAAUUAUACAUCGACAACAAUGAGACUUUUAUCAGAAUAAUUUUAUUUUUUAAGAUCUUUUUUUUUUUUCAAAAAUAGAAUGAAC